GCAACAUGAAGGAGCGAAUAGACAGAAAGAAAAAAACGAGAUAGAUGGGAAGAAGAACACAAGACAACUUGAAAAAACGAAAUGGACACAAGACAGGGCACGAGAUGAAAGAGACAAUGAUAACAACAGAGUAGGAGCUAACGUACGAAAAAGAAGGGAAGGAAAACAAAAGCGAGAUAAAGAGCAAACGACAGAAAACGGCAAAAGAGAGAGAGGGGGAGAAUGUGAUAAGCAAUUAGAUAGAAGAAGGAAGAAUACAAGAGAAAGGCAGAGAGAAUCAAAAAAGAUUAGAAAAAAUAAGAGAAGCCAGGGCGCAGGAAAGCAACAAAGGAAAGAAGACAUAGAGGACAGCAAAUCGAGGAAAAAGACGAAACAAAAACAAAGAAGAAACAGAAGAGAGAAGACAAGAGGCACACAACAGAGAAUCGCAACAGCAAUAGAGACAACACGGAAGAAGGGAAAGGAGGAAUGGAAGGGAAAAGAGCAAGAGCGCAACAAAAUCAAAGUACGUAAAGAGAGAAGAAAGCGAGAUAAGGGAAGUAUAGGCAGAACAGCAACAAUGAGACAAGUACAACUGAAUAGCGGGAACGAUAAAAGAAAAGCAAAUGAGAGUAAACAAGAUAAUGAAAUUAAAUAUAGCAAGGCAAUAAAUACGAUAGGAAAGAGGAAG